CUGUAACAAAAAUGCCGAUAGAAAAUUUAGAAGAAGAAGGUUUAGAGAAAAACCCAAAUUUUGAGCAUGCCCAGUGGAAAUUCCUUUUGGAAACAGACAAAUACAAAAAUGAUGUGGAAAUCAAGAAGAAACUUUUGGCUGCAGUGGAAGAGAACAACAUGGCUCCAUUUUACGAGCAGUUGUGUAAAGAUUUGAAAUGGAAAUGUGACGAGACUCUUAUGAAGAAAAUGAAGGCAGCAAAUGAAGCAGAACUCAAGAAAAUAGAGGCCUCUAUAGAGGACGCCGAGAAAAAUCUGGGAGAAACUGAAGUCCGAGAAUUCAUGCUGAAGAAAGCAGAAUAUUUAUGUAAAAUUGGAGACAAGGAAGCCUCAUUAACACAGUUUCGGAAGACCCAGGAAAAGACAGUUACCCUUGGAUACCGACUUGACCUAGUGUUUCACCUCAUCAGAAUGGGCCUCUUUUAUAUGGACCAUGACCUCAUAACAAGGAACCUCGAAAAAGCUCAGAGCCUGAUUGAUGAAGGUGGUGACUGGGACCGCAGGAACCGCCUCAAAGUCUACCGCGGAAUCUACUGUAUGUCAAUCCGUGAUUUCAAGCAGGCGGCGACCCUGUUUCUGGACACUGUGGCGACCUUCACCUCCUAUGAACUGAUGGAUUACCAGUCAUUUGUCACGUACACAGUAUUGUGCAGUAUGAUAGCACUUGAGAGGCCAGAUCUAAGGGAAAAGGUUGUGAAGGGGUCUGAAAUUCUGGAAGUCCUACACAGUCUACCAAAGAUCCGAUCUUUCCUGUUCUCUCUCUACGACUGCCAUUACUCGGACUUCUUCAGAUAUUUAGCUCAGGUGGAGGAUAUGCUGAAGUAUGACCGGUUCCUGUCCCCCCACUACCGGUACUACACCCGGGAGAUGAGGAUCAUCACCUACACACAACUCCUGGAUUCCUACAGGAGCCUCACUCUGGAUUACAUGGCCAACGCUUUUGGGGUCACCACAGAGUUUAUUGACCAGGAGCUGGCCAGAUUUAUUGCUGCUGGAAGACUCCAUUGUAAAAUAGAUAAAGUAAAAGGCAUUGUAGAAACUAAUCGACCAGACAGUAAAAACUGGCAGUAUCAGGCCACUAUAAAACAAGGAGACGUUUUAUUAAACAGAGUACAGAAACUGAGUAGAGUGAUCAAUAUAUAAAUCUCUGUCGGCAUUAUGAGGGAUGUCAUAAUACUAUAGAAAGACUGUUUACUGGCGAGUUGAGAUUUCUGGAUGAAUCUGUGUUAAUUCCAUUAUUAACUGUUUCAUACUGCCAUAAUUUGUGUUAUAUUCAAUGUGUUGAAAUGAUGUACAUGUACAUGUAAGAGAUCAAAGUAAAGAAAAUCAACUGAAAAAAA